AGAACACAGGGCGCUUCGAAGAUUUUUCAGCACUUCUGUUGCUUUUAAUGUUCUCGUGUCUACUUUCAUAGUUACAAACAAGCAAACAGUAAUGGAAAAGGCUCAGAUCAUAGCAGGACUGAUACUGAAUUUGGUUGUUAUGACAACAUGUCGAUUGGAGGAUUACUCGUUUGUGUUCCACACAAGAGAUGGUGAAACUAUUGAGGAAACUAUUACAGUGACAGACACAGAGGAAGAUAUAAUGCUGAGUAAUGGAACCCGUAUUAUAUACGAUUUCGAAAGGGGAAUCAUGGUGAUGAAGGUUGAAGAAAGAGGAGAGCAAAGUACUUGUUAUGUGGCAACGUUUCAAAGAGACAGCUUAAAUACACCACCCGCUGAAGACUUUCAGGCAGUGACAGAGGAUGAGGUCGAUACUGAAGAGGUUGACUAUUAUAUUGACAGAUCCGUCACCGUAAAGCGAUACAUGUUGUCUUUAAAGGCACACAGGAUGUGUCAAGACAGCAACAUGUAUUUGAUGAAAGCUGACCCAACAGAUACGGCGGUAAAGAGGCGUAAGAGAGGGGUCUGCUGUAGCUGUAGAAGAUAUUGUGUGUGUUGUCCUGUGAGGUGUGGAACUGCAUGCGCCUGUAGAUAUUGUUAAUAAUGUGGAGUUGUUCUAUCAAAACGAAAGGAGAAACUUUUACUUUAAAGCUACGUUCACGAAUGGAAUGAAACAAUGCAAACAAUUUACUAACAACAUUCAUUAAUUGCUUUUAUUAAAAGAGGAAAUUAUACGUUGUACAGAUAGUACGUGUACCACACACAAUGUCUUUAAGCUAAUAUCCUAUUAUAAAUUAGCUGGCUUCUACAGUUGUUAAACGUUUUUCUUAAACAAAGUACAGUACUAGUAUUCACGGCAGCCAGUUUCUAGUAAACAUGGAGAACAAUUUCUGGGAGGCAUCUUUUAAAACUUACAGUAGCUUCUUAACUCAUUUGUGUCUAAUCUAUCGUGGUUGUGAACUUGCUGAUCAGUCGAAACUUGGCAAUUUUUACUUGUACGCCUACUGUUUCUUUUUUUGAGUUUUGUCGUUCGCAAAUACCAAUUUUGUACUCACCAAUUUCAUUCGAAGUCAGGAUUAUUAUAUUGUGACAUUUCUCAUUUUCAACAAACCGAAAUAUUACAUGUUUCGUUUUAUAAUUAUUGUAACUAUAACUUCUUUAUUUAAUGGCGAAAGUUGAAAGUAUGAACUCAACACAAGAUGACAAAACUUUUGAAAUAUUCAAUAUUUACUAUCAGACAAUUAUGCGCAAAAUGAUAGAACUGUGUUGUAGUAUAUAUGUUUCAUGGUAACUUUAUUUUAUUUAUGAUUUUUAUUUUGUGAUCAUAACAAUUUAUAGAAUCGUACUUGCGAAAUUGUAAACAGAUUGUCAUUCAUACCAGUUCUCAAAACGAGACAAUAACAAAACUUGUACAAAAUAACUUGCUUUCACUGAAAAACUCAUUUCCUAUUUAUGUUUUGUGUAAAUGAUUAUGUAACAAUAGCAUUUUUGAAUAAAAAUUAAUUCUGCAA